AUGACCAACAAAUCCGACGAGAACUGGUGUUUAGUUUGCUCUGGUUCUGUAUUUGGUGAAGAAGUUUUAGUCACUGGAAAGGAUGCUGAGAAAUUGAAGCAACAGUUUAACAAAGUCUUGAAAGCGCCCAUCCCAAAAAAGCCUCCUGUUGAAAAUAUCUGUAAAAAAUGUGACAGAAAUAUCCGAAGAUUGGCAGACUCUGCUGGUGAGGCUGCAGAAAGGGAAAUAGAGUACAUGCGCAAGACAUAUCGGAAGACGGUUCAAGAAUAUAAUGCUAAAGCGGAACUACGUAGACAAAAGUUGCGCAAGGCAGCUGAAGCUUUUCUUCUGGGUAAACCAAAAGAUCAAGAAAAAACUGAUGACAAACUUUCUGUGUACGCUUCGAAAUGGAAAUUCAUGGCCAAAUCAGGUGCUGCCACGUCUACAAUAUCACUUCCAGACUCGAGCGGGGGUUCCAGUCCGUCAUGGUCGAAACCUGCUUCAGGGGAAACAACCCCGGUUUUAGAUUUUAAACAAAAUUGGGUCAAACAAGUGGAAUUUCACAUGCCAGUUGAUGAUAACUCUGAUUAUUUAGAUGAAAACUUCACAAUGGUAGAAAAUCCUGAUAUUGUAGAUGAUCCAGUUACGUUCGACAAAAACUCGAAUGAAAAUUUUGAAGAAUUGAUAAAAAAUUCAGAAAAACUGGACGAAAAUUCGGAGAUGUCGACGAAAGAAUAUGAAAAAAUAAAUGAAAAUUCUGAAAUGUCGACGAAAUAUUCAGAAAAACUAAAUGGAAAUUCUGAAAAACUGAAUGUAAACUUAAAUACUUUGAAUGAAGUAUCUGCUGUUUUGAAAGAAAAAGCAGAUAAAUGGAAUAAAAGUGCUGUCGAAUUCGAAAAAGAAAAUCCUGGCAAACUGAUGGUAAAUUUUAAUGAAAGUACAUCUGACACAUUGAAUGAAAAUGUCAAUAAUUUUGACAAAAACUUCGAAAUGCUGGUAGAAAAAUCUGCUAAAUUGGAUGAAAAUGCUGAAAAUGCUGAUGACAACUUCGAAAAAGUAAAGGCAAAACCUGAUGAUAAUUCUAAUACAACUGCAACUUUGGUUGCAAAGUCAGAUGAAUUAAAUGAGAAUUCUGACAAAUUGAAGGAAACACCUACACAAUUAAAUGGAAAGGCUAAUUUAUUUGGUGACAACUACGAAAAAGUAAAGAAGAAAUCUGAUGAAUUGAAUGGACACUUUGAUAAAUCAAAUGCAAAGGCAACACCACUUCCAAAGUCCAAUGAAUUAAAUGAGAAUUCUGAAGAAUUCAGCACUUAUGAUAAAUCGAAAGAAAAAUCUUUUGAAUUGAAUGGACACUUUGAUAAGUCAAAUGCAACUACAAUAUCCACAACAUCGGUCUCAAUAUCUUAUGAAUUGAAUGAGAAUUCUGACAAAUCCAGCACCUCUGAUAAUUUGAAAGAAAAGUCUGAGAAAUGCCAGAAAAAUUCUAAUGAAACAAACAUCAAUUCCAAUAAUUUGGAAGAUUCUGCAAUUCCUCCAGAAGCGAAAGUUGCCCUGAUAGAAAAUGAAGAUGGUGGUGAGAACAAUAUUACUAUUGCAAUUGGAGGGCAAACAUUUGUAGCUCGUAGUCGUGUUUCUUCCCAGGCUAUCUUGUUAGACUCUUCGUUGGAUUUUUGGAACUUGACUCGUCUUGAAAAAAAAGUUGGAUAUCUUCGUACUUGGACAUUAACUCAACCAAUAACAAUGCCUUUUUCCUUAUUUAAAAAGAAAACAGCCGAAGAUGGUGUCAAAGAUGGAGUAAAAGGAGAAAAUGUCAAACUCAACGUCAAAGAUGGCGGUGCUAACACCAACACAGAAGGUGGUGACGUCAACGCAGCUAACGAUGACGUCAACACAAACACUGCUGAUGGAGGCAUUGUAACUGUCGGUGUAACAACAACCAGUGGUAAAACGGAUGAAGAUGCUGGAUCAAAAGACGAGAAGAAGAAUGAGAAAACUGACGACAAGGAGAACGAGAAAAAUAGCGAGGAGAAAAAUGACGACAAGAAGAACGAUGUUAAUACAGAUGAUGGUAACUCUGACGUAAAAGAUGAAAAGGUAAGAUCGGUGAAAGAUGCAGUGAAGGAGAUUGAAGGCGAAGAUGGAGGUGGUGAUAAAUCAACAGUCAACGGUACCGUCAUGCCACUCCAGUUAGGGUCUAAAAACGGGCCUCCUGAACAUUCGUCACGAUUACCUUUUAACCUAACCUGA